GACGCGUUGCUGUACGCAGUGGGUACUCAGUGGCGAGGCCUGCCGAUUUUGCUAGGGGCUGAGAGCAUCUUUACGAUAUUCAUAUUCUUUUUAUUUCUAAAAUUCGGCGGAGGGUUAAGUCGUGGCAGAUGGCUGGUGCGGCGCGCCGUACUCCAGACGUCAUCGACACGAUGGGAGGCGAUUUGGAGGUCCCGGGAGCGGGUCAUCGCCGCCCUCAGCGCAAGAGGGUGAAAACGACGAGGGCACUGGAGUCAAUGCGACAACAAGACGAUAUGGAUUGGGAAGGGGAAAAUAGCAGUGAGAAAGGCUGGGAAACGACAAGAAUGCCACAAUUCGCGCUGCAGCCGCCGACGACGCGAGCGAGGAAGUCCGGGCCACCGAGCAACGUGCGGAUCAUGACUUUAACACGAAGCUGGCCAUCAUCAAGGCAGUAUUCCAGCUCGAAUUUCAAAACUCAAGGACCAGAUGGCAGAGGACGUCGCCAAAAUGACGGCCCAGUUAACCCAAGAGCUCUCGCAAGCGCGAGAGAAUCUCAAUCAAGCUCGCAGCGAGCUGGAGCACACUAGGCUCCAGCUACACGCCAUGACGAUGGCCCAAGGAGCCAGAUCGAGUUAGCUAGCGUACGCGGACGUCGCACGGCGUACCCCGCCGGUCAGCGUUCCUGCCCCGGCCUCCUCCACCGGUCAGCGUUCCUGC